AUGCCAGGACCAGCAGAAGCACCAGCCCCGGCAUGCCCUGCCUGCAAAACCUUUGUAGAGAGACAGGAACUCUCCAACCUCAGUGUCCUCUGCACAGUGUGCGCUGCAGACAAAGGUCAGAGGUAUGAGUUCUGCUGGCAGUGCCUAAAGCAGUGGAAAGGUCCAGCGCCACGCUCUGACCGCUGUGACAACGAUGGCUGUAUCAACCAGGACCUGGAACUGCUGAAGAACUGCAAAACCACGUCUCUCCCUCAGGUGGCAGGUGUCACCGACUGCCCCUCCAUUCGCGCCUGUCCCACCUGUGGCCAACGGGUGGAACACGACAAGACUGGUUGUAAGAAUAUUCUCUGUCCAAGGUGCAAUAAAGAGUUCUGCUUUGUGUGCCUUAAGCUCACGGAGGAGUGCUUGGAGACCAGCUCAUAUUUCAUAGCCUGCUCUGCUGGUGUUGCCCCCAGGCAGACCUCUAUACCCACCUGGAAUAGAAACUAAGAGAAGAGAUAACUAUCAUACCAGUCACGGUAGAACGCAUACUGUAGAGUUACUGUAGACUGUUUAUAUCAUGUCAAACACAACUUUUUGCACAAUGCACAACUUGGUUUUCCUGUAUUUUCUUUGUCUAUUGAUGAUAACUUCCCCAUACUUGUUCUUUGUCUGUUGAUGAUAACUUCCCCAUACUUGUUCUUUGUCUGUUGAUGAUAUUGUACACAGAAAAUGUAAUGUUUCAAUUUUUUUUUUCUUCACCUGAUUAUUAUAAUUUUGCUACUAUGCUUAUUUAUUAACCCAUUUAUGUCCUUAAACAAUAUCAAAAUGCGCCACAGAAAAAAAUGCGUUUCGUAUAAACGCAUGACAAUUUGGUGUCAUCGUAGUUACCACAAGUGUGUAGACUGGCCACAUUAACAUUUUAAGAGUGUCAUUAUCUAUCAUACUUUCAGUGUCAAUAAAAGUUGGAAAAUCAUUCAAAUGACUUCAGCAUAUGUCAUUUGAAAUACAUUUCAGAAUUGAAUUGUUUGAAAACAUAGAGUGUUGUUAUUUGACAUGUUCUAAGCUCA